CGCGGCGCGGCCAUGGACCGGCGGCGGCGGGGCCCGGGCGAGCAGGAGUGACCCGUCCGUGACGCCGGUGGGAUCCCAGCCGUGGAGCCCCAGCUGUGAGCAGCGGCCGGGCCGGCGGGACACGGAGCAGCUCUGCCCAGCCUCCCCCUGCCGCCACCAUGCCGAUCCUCAAGCAGCUCGUGUCCAACUCGGCCCACUCCAAGCGCCGCUCGCGCGCCGACCUGACGGCCGAGAUGAUCAGCGCGCCCCUGGGGGACUUCCGCCACACCAUGCACGUGGGGCGCGCGGGGGACGCCUUUGGGGACACCUCCUUCCUCACCAGCAAGGCCGGGGAGCCGGUGCCGGAGGCGGGCGAGGAGCCAGGAGCCUCCAAGCCCGGCCUGCUGUCCCGCCGCUUCCGCAGCAGCAAGCGCUCGCAGUCGGUGACGCGCGGGGACCGGCGGGACAUGCUGGGCUCGCUGCGGGACUCGGCGCUCUUCGUCAAGAACGCCGUGUCCCUGCCCCAGCUCAACGAGAAGGAGGUGGACAGGAGCGCGGGGCAGCUGCCCAAGAGCCUCUCCUCCAGCCCCGUCAAGAAGCCCGAGGAGAUGAGCCCCGAAGAGCAGCAGCGCCCGAACGGGGCGGCCGCGGGGCCGCUGAGCCCCAGCUUGGACGAGCGCGACUUCGGGGACAUCACCGAGCUGCCCGUCGUGGUGGCCAAGGGCGGGGCGGGCAUGAAGCACGCUGAGUCCAUCAUGUCCUUCCACAUCGACCUGGGGCCCUCCAUGCUCGGGGACGUCCUGAGCAUCAUGGAUAAGGAUCAGUGGGAGCAGGACGAAGACCCCGAGGAGGAGGAGAGCCACGAGGAGGAGGGGGAGGCCGCCCUGCCCGGCUCCCCGGUGGUGACGGUGGUGGCCCCGCCGAGCCAGAGCCCGGCCCGUGGCCCCAGGGACAGCAGUCCAGCAUCCAGCUGCACCUCGGGGCCCGAGGAGCGCAGCCCUGUCCCCAGGCCACCGAGCCAGCGGGGGGCACCCCCAAAACGCCCCGACAGGGAGUUCUCGUUUGCUGAUGAAGAUGAUGAUGAGAUACGAGUAUAAAGGAGGGCGGCCGAGCCGAGGGUCUGGUUCUCACUGCGGUUCUUGGACACGGGGUUGAACACCCCGGUGCUGCAACGGUGGCACCAGGGAAGACUUGACUCCUCCCCCCUUCCCUCUCCCUGUGACCUGGCAGGACAGCAAUCUGCUCCCAGGGCCGGGGGUGUUCCUGACAUCUCUCAGCACUUCCCGGGAGGGGGAAGCACACUCGAUUUUGGUUCUUUCUGUUGGACUUUGGAUAUUAGCUCUUGUUUCCUGCCCCCCUGCCCAUGUAAAGCAAUUUAGGAUCCAACAAGAUGAGCCUUUGGACUUCUAGCCUCUUUAGUAAUAUAUAUAUUUUUUCCGCCGUACGGUUUUUACUGUUUUCUGAUUUGUACUUAACUUUCUUUACUCUCGCUUUUGGUUUUAACGGAGGGGAGAUUCCCCGUGAGGAAGAACUUGGCUCUGGAGCUCAGAGGUGGCCCAGGACUGUGGGCAGCUUCGCCUCCCUGGGUUGCUUGUGGACUUCCUGCAGACCAAGAGCCUCCAGCCCUGUGCCAUGGCAGGUGCUCGGAUGGAUGGAUGGAUCCAUCCCAGAUGCUGGACCCUCCAACCAGCCUGGGGGUCACAGGGAUGCCCCCAGCCAGCCCAGGCACCAGCUGCUCCCGGGGGAGCUGAUGGAAGCAUGGGUCUGUCCCCCGUGGGAGGAGCACCUGGAAGCCCCCUGAGCCAGGGAGCCCCGAUGUCCCAGUGCCGUGGGGCCGGUGGGGCGGGGCAGUGCCAACGCUGGGCUGGUGCAGGACCAGGAGGUUUUAUACCACGUAUGUACAGAUGCAAAGAAUAAAAGGAAAUGGUAGUGACUGCA